AUGACCGCCACCAAUCAAGGUGUCCUUGAGGGAACACCAUAUGUCCGGGGCAGCGCUUCGGCGAUCCUUCUUGCCGCAAACCUCGAACUUAGUUUUUGGGGAGGGGUGAAUCCCAAAACAGGCGAGGUUAUCGACCGUUUUCAUCCUCUGAGCGGCCGCUUGCUGAGGGACACUAUCGUCGCCAUUCCGAGCGGGAGGGGGUCAUGUGGCGGUAGCAUCAUCAUGAUGGAGCUAAUCCUCAACGGACUGGGGCCCAAGGCCUUUAUCUUCGAACGUCGCGAAGAAAUCAUCACGCUGGGGAUUUUCGUCGCCGAUGAGUUCUUCAAGGCAACAGCCCCAGUUGUUACGGUUGGCAGGGACAAUUUUCAGAAGAUCCUAGGGUGGAAUGGACAGACAGUUCACAUCCUCAACAAUUUGGUGUCUCUAAACCCACUACAUGUCGACCCUACUAAAGACUUGACGCAUCCCGAAGAUAACCUGGAUAAUCUUGGCAUCGAGCUCUCAGACUUUGACCGCGCAACAUUGGCUGGUGUGUAUGGUGAAGCGGCAAAGGUAUCGAUGAAAGUUAUUAUUCGCCAGGCCCACAUGAUGGGAGCCCGGUGUUUGAUGGACGUUUCCCAGGCACAUGUUGAUGGUGCAUGGUAUGGUCCUGCCUCAGUUGCUUUUGGGAAGAAGUUGCGGGACUGGGGCGGUAAGUUCCAAGUACCGACAACCAUUAACUCCCUCAACGUCGACCAAAAGCGCUGGCGAGCGUUGGGAAUCGAGACCGAUUUUGGCGCGGCAUGUGACGAAUUGACGGAGGCUUUCACCGAUAUGGGCGGAAAGAUAUCGUUCACAUGCGCUCCCUACCUACUGGACAGUGCCCCUCAAAAGGGCGAUCCUAUUGCCUGGGGAGAGUCGAACGCCGUCAUCUACGCCAACAGCGUUCUUGGUGCUAGAACUUUGAAGAACCCCAAUAUGCUAGAGUGUUUGAUCGCUCUUACGGGUCGAGCACCAAUGGCGGGUGUUUACUUGGACGAAAAUCGGCUUGCUGAAGUUUGGAUCAAAGUGACACAGCCGCCGUUUAUCGACGACUCUUACUGGCCUAUUCUUGGCUAUAGCCUCGGGGCUGUGGCAAGUAAUCGGAUACCAGUCAUAACAGGCUUAGAAAAUCUAAGGCCUUCGGUGGAUGAUUUCAAAGCAUUCUCGGCGGCUUUCGCCACUGCAUCCAGCGCUGCCAUGUUUCAUAUGGUUGGACUAACCCCUGAAGCUCCAACACUCGAGUCCACCUGUUCGAACAGCCAGGCUCUGGAAAGCAUAGAUUCCACUUUCGCCGACCUGAAGGCUUGCUGGGAGGAGUUCAACUCUGGGUCCGUCGCUCGAAAAGUCGAUCUUAUUUCUUUCGGAAACCCGCAUUUCUCCUUCAAGGAGAUCAAGAAAGUUGCGGAAUUGUGUGAAGGGAGAACUAAGCAUCGAGAUGUCAAAAUCAUGGUUACUUGUGGUCGCGCUCAAUAUAGCCUCGCAGCCCAGGCUGGUUAUGUUGCGCAGCUGGAAGCAUUUGGCACCCAGUUUCUGACCGAUACGUGUUGGUGUUCAAUCGAGGAACCGGUUAUCCCGAAGCAGGCGGAGGUCAUUAUGACUAAUUCAGGCAAAUAUAUUCAUUAUGGCCCCGGACUAACGGGUAGACAGUUCUGUUUUGGUAGUUUAGACAUGUGUAUUCAUGCUGCGUGUUCGGGAUGGACAACUGGUGAACCACCACUUUGGCUGCGGCUGUUACAGAUAGUGGUAUAG